UCCUCUUUCAUUUACUUCACAAGCUUAUAAUAUUGAUUUUGAAGACCAAAUGAAGCCUUCUUUCAUGCUCAUUCUCUUACUUCUCUCCAUUUUUGUUUAUCAACCUCAAGGUAUAAGGCUGGAAAAAUGGAGUCCAUCAGCUAGCAACCAUCAAGAAUUCAUCACCAAGAGUUCAUCAAGCAUCAAUGGAGAAAAAGGGUUAACCAUGGCUACUGAUCAGGUUUCACCUGCAGGAAUAAAUAGAAAACUUAUGACAAAAACUAUAGCUUCAAGUUCUACCACCACCAAUUAUAACAAGACUUACAAGAUUCAUGACCCGAAAUCCGACGUAAAGUUUACUCAUGGGCAAGUAGAAAAUGAAGAGGUUUUCUCGACAACGUCUACACCUGAAAAUUCAAAACACAGGAACACACAGAUUGUCUCGGAACAGUAUUUGGAUGUUAUAGACAUAACGGGAAUGGAUUAUUCUCCGGCCAAGAGAAAACCACCGAUACACAAUUGAAGAUCCAAAAUUGCAAUUUAACAUCAAUAAAAACAUAUAUAUAGUGAUUGAAUCAUGCAUGUAGGUGAUCAUAAACAAGUUUAACCACUUAAAACUAUUCCAUAAAUGUUUUAGGUUUGUUGUAGUUGAAAUAUUUGUAGAUGGUAGUAUGUUUUAAGGGAACUUUUAUUAAUAUUUUGAUGAUAUUGUAAUAUGAAUCAAUAUAUACAACAUAUAGUGA